AUGUCUUAUCUAUUCCUCGGAAACCUGAUGCAAGAUGCCUACUCUGAUGUUCCUGUCCUUGAUGCGUUCAUUAAAAUCAGGAAACUGUUUUACGGAUACUCUGGAAACGAACUGUAUGAACUUUUGACCUUGAAAGAUUCUAGUCCAUUGUUGACGACUAAUAAGAAUAUGACCUUAGCGGACGUUGAACAGUUACAAAACAGAGUUUUGGCAGUUAACAAAGGGGGCGCCCCUUAA